UGUCAUGCUGUAUUAGUCCUUGAUUACCAAUAUCUUGAUGUUGAAAUUACAGGAUGGGAACUCUUGCUACUCAUGAUAUUAUUGUCCACUACACGGGGAACAAAACUAGAAUUUCCAAUGCAGAUCCUCAAAGAUAUUCUUACAUGCAACUGUUGAAUGAUGUUGCUGAGCGGGCAUUGAGUGAUAUGCCUAGGAAUGUGAAUCUAUUGCUGCACAUGAGAUGUGGAAUUCCAAAAGCUGUAGGUAGCAUGGAUAUCAUUGAUGAUCAAUCUGUGAAGGAAAUGUUCAAAGUUCAUAAGAGUGAACUUGUAAUCAAUCUGUUUGUCCUUGACAUGCACGUCUACUGUAACCCCAAAUGUGUUUGAAAAGUUAAGAAUGAUAACACAAAAGUCAUGAAGAUGUGAGUUGAUGAUGGCUAGUGAGGAUACUUUUGAAGUAGGCAAUUUUGAUAAGACUUGUAUAGUCAAAUUAGCUGAUAGACAUUAUUGUGAUUGUGGUGAAUUCCAAGCAUGCUGCAUUAGGAGUGAUGUACAAGAAGGAGACACUUGACAGCUACUGUGAGAAAGCUUUCUCAAAGGAUCAGUACUUGAGGACCUACUCCUCAAUGAUCCAUCCAGUUCUACAUAUUCAGCAAUGGUUGUCUAUGCCUGAUGUGCUUCCAAAAACUGUUUUACCACCACCCCUUAGAAAAGCACUGGGUAGACCAAGAACAAAUAGCAGAAGGGAAGCUGAUAAAGGUGUUCCUUUUUCUCAGACAAAGAGAUCAACUACUUUCAAGUGUUCCAACUGUAAGGCAUUUGGUCAUAACAGAAGGACAUGCCAAGGAGCACCUGUGAAUGCAAAGAAUGGUAGCUCUACUUCUAGAAAUCAGGACCAUGCACAAGGAAAUGUUCCUGUUGUGGUUUCAAGUCAAGGAAGUAAUCAAACUCCGCCAACUAAUGUUACUGCUGUGAAUGUUCGAGUGAAUGUCAAGGCUACUGGAAGUGCUUCCAAGAGAAAGAGAGGAAGAACUUCUCAAAUGGCUAGUCCUUCUACUGCUAAAAGUUCCAAAAAAGGAAAGGGAAAUGCUUUUGCGCGUGCACGACCAGUUUCUGCAACUAAUACCAAUUAGAAUUCCCAGACUCAAGUCUCUAUAAGCAUUGAAUCGGCUGCCAAUAUGGACAGUCAAAGCCUU